UGCGUGCGCAGCCACAGUCUGGAGUCGCCGCGACGGAACCGCAAUAAGCAUAGAAAUUACAGCCACAUCCAUGUAUUAAAACGCACCGGGGCUUUCAUUCAUAAACAACAUUGCCUUCAAAGGCGGCUCAUGUGCCUGUCUACUCCUGAGGGUGGAGCAGAGCAGUGAUGACUACGGGACGUCCCUAAAUUACACAGAGGUCACACAGGGGCAGACGAUGGAGGCCAGUGACAGAGCCGCAGGAAACAUGGCCCAGUCACAGAUAGGGGGCAGCACUGAUGGAGAACAGGAACAGACUGCUGUUAAAACAGAUAGUGCAGCUCCUGAAGCCUGUGAAGAAGCAGUAUCCGAGCUGAAGACAGGGAUCUCUCAACUGCCUGAGGCUCCCUCGGGGGGGAGUCCCAGCGCUGACGGCCCUGGAGGAGUGGCCCUCAAAGUGGCUACCACAGUGCUACACCCAGUGUGUUUAGGAGACAGUCCUCUGAUGCUGCCCAUACACCUGCAGAUGAAUGGAGGGCCUCAGCUGGGGCAGAUGGGGGCCGCCCCUUACCUCAUCACCAGCCAGAGUCCCAUGUCUCUACCCCUGGUCCUGGAGCAGCAGGUGCUGCAGCACAUGGGCUCUUCUGUGAUCCCUCAGAGCCCAAACUGUGCCCCCCUGCCCCUCCAGAGCAGUAUCUUAUGUCAGGGUGCCCUCCCCUUCGCCCUGUCACCAGGUGCGGAACAGAAAGCUCCAGGUCAGACUCCGGACACCAACCUCUUGUCUCUGCUCCAGAACCCUGCCUUCGCUGCCAUCCUACAGGACCUGUUCCCCUCUCAAUCCGGGGCAUCCGGGUGUCCAUCUCCAGGCUCUCCCUUCUUCUCUGCUCCUCCUCUGACUCCUCCAUACUCUUCCCCUCUUGCCCCUCUGGUCCCUCCAGCUACACUCCUGGUCCCAUAUCCGGUCAUCAUCCCUUUGCCUGUCCCCCUGCCUGUCCCCUUGCCCAUCCCUGUUCCUAUCCCCUCUGAGGACUCCAAGGGGAACCUUCCCAAAUCUGUUUGCACUGUGAGCCAAAGCACUCAGACCUGUUUACAGGACACUACCUCUGUCCCUGUGUCCUCAGGACACUGUCCCACCGCCCUCCCUUCUCACACUGUGUCUGAUCCCUCUCCUCCUGAAGAGACACAGGUGUUGGACCUCUCUGUAAAGACAUGUCCCAUUCAGCCCAAACAGGAGUUCCCCAGUGUAGUGCAGCAGGACAAUGUGCUGGAUCUUUCUGUGCCCGGGGGCAGGGCCAAGGCUCCAGAGAAGUGCUCCUCUGUGGCUGUGGGGUGCACUCAGAGUUUGGACUCUAAGCUCUUGGGCAGCCUGGCCUCAGUAGAGUUUAGCCGCCAGCACAAGUGGGUGGUGGACAGCACCCCGGGGUGCAGCUCCCUGGGACAGGACCCCUCUCUCAGUGGGACAGGAAACCUUGAGAUUGUCAGUGCCUCUCAGACAGCCAAGGUCAUAGUUUCUGUGAAGGACGCCAUCCCUGCCAUCUUGUGUGGGAAGAUUAAAGGCCUUUCAGGAGUCUCCACAAAGAACUUUUCCAUCAAACGGGACGCGGCCCAGGGCACGUCGCUGCAGCAGCUCUACGGGGUGCAGCCUGUGCCUCAGGGGGAGCAGCGAGACCCCAAUGACCCUCUGAAGAAAGUGUCCAAAAACAGAGCCAUCAAACUGAAGAAGGUCAGCUCACAGGAGAUACAUUUCCUUCCCAUUAAGAAGCAGCGCCUGGCCGCUCUGUUGCCCCGGAAGUGAGAGAGCCCCCCCUGGAGGGCGUAACAUAAAACACAUGCGAGAUGUCCACAAAUUGAACUUGCAUGUCAAAGCCUCAUCACAUCUGGGGCUGGUGAAUGUCUGACAGUGUCAAAAUCACAGCAAAGUGCUUUUCCUCUGGACCUAAUGCACUACAACAGUGUUAAACUAAAACAAGUGCGGGACUGUUUUGUGUUUGGCAGCUCAGUGUGCUCUGGUGGCUUUGGCUCAGUCACUAAUGUUUAAGGACGUUUGUAAUUUAAGAGAAAGGCCGGUUCCACUUUUCCAUUUCGGUCCAUAGUUUAUUUCCACUUUCUGAGUGCACUGAAGGCUGACCCAUCUGCUCUGUCACAGGGCCUUAGUGAGCAAGCAGAGGAGCAGACUGUUACAUUGUUUUCCUCUCUGGGUUUAGCAUGAUGAAGACAUGCUAAGUUAGAUGAGGAUUACCACAGAUGGAUACUGGUGACAGCUUUAGGUCACACAUACAUUCAGGUUGGCAGUGAAGUGCUUUGGUUGUAUAUGACAAGAAAACUGCUGUUUCCCUUGACGUAAAACUGUGAUAAGAUGAACAGGCACACUUCAAUAAGUCAGAAUACUGUGGAAAUUCCAUCUAUGUUAGUGGUUAAAUUAAAGGGUGAAUACAAUGCUUUCAUCAAUCAGGCAUAAUCGUGUGACCACCAGUAAAGUGUUUGUGAUAUUCAGCCUGAUACGCUUUCUCCUUGUCAAAAAUGUUUUAUUUAUAUCCAUCUGGUUUUAGUCUUCAGAUCUGGCAACCCAAGUGUUAGAUUCAUGGUGAAAAAAAUAGAAGAAAUCACCAUUGCACUCAAUUAAAUACUAAAUAUAACCUACUUAACACCACAGUGACAAAAGGUAAUAAUAAAGAAGUCUGUGUCUAUAAGAUGAAUCACCCUUUCCACACAAACAACAUAAAUACUAAACAGACUUGAGCCGUAUUCUGAUUUAUUGACAUGUGCCCUGAGUCUGUAGGAGUUGUGUACAUUUUGAAGAACACAGUGAACUGCAGUACCUCAGAUGUUUUGGCUGGACUGAGGCGUAUUUAUUGAGUGUGUGAUUAGUCUGUUAGUAAAAGUCCCAGAAGAAGAUUUGGUGUGAAACGUGACGUCAUUUCAUUGUUUUUGUGAAGUAUUUAAGUGUCCCACGAAGAUCCCAGAUGUGAAUGUUUAUUUAUCCUCUUUGAGUGCACUUUGUCAUAGUUUAGUUUGGAAAAAGCUACAGGGUUAACUCUCUUUUCCCUCUUCUGUGAUUGAAUAGAAUGAAUUGUGACACGCAUUAUUGAAUAUGUUGGGACACUGUGAAAAUUACAAUCUACAAAAUGCAGAAAUUAUAAACUACAUUUUUCCUCAAAUCUCUUGUUUAGUAAAAGUCACAACUAAAUGUAUUUAUUUUUAACAUACCAUUAUUAUUUAUAUACAUACAUUCCUUUUUAAGUAUGUAAAACUUGUGUCUCAACCUUUUCAGAAUUCGAUUUAAAAUGAGAGAAAUCAGAGACACUAAAAAGUUACUCAAAAUGAAAAUAUUUAUCAAGUUUCACUCUUGAUACUUCACUCAUGUCUGCAAUGCAUUUGACAUCACACACUUGGUUCCCACAGUAGUAAUUUAUUCUUCGUACAUGUUUUAUUUAUACAAAUUGAGUGGAUACUGUACAGGGCGAUUAAGAAAAAAGAAAGUAAAAAGUGUGUGUUUUUUCAGGACGUUUUUGGCCUCUGUCUAUAAUAUUUGAGUGAAGGUGUAAAUGAAAGAAGACCAGUGGACAUGUGCUGGUUCAGUGUUUACUUACUGUACAAUGUCUGUGCUUUUUAUAUGACGCUCAAGUAAAAUACAUCAAACACUCAA